UGUCCUGAACACCGAACAGAAGGAGGAGGAUUCUUAUAUUUUUUAUGCUAAAAAUCAAAUAUUUUUUAAACCUUAGAACAAGCCAUAAAAGGAUGAUGUCCAGAGAGACAGUUUUGGGGACUUGCAGUAGAGAGGACACAUCUCUGAAAGAAGACUGCAUGGACCAACAAACAGAGGAGCCACCACAUAGGAAACUAUCACAUUCCAUUGAGGAGAUUCUGAAAAGACCCACAAGUUCAAGAAAAAACAAUACAAUUCAUCACAACAGAUCGGUGAUAGUGGAGUACAACGGGAGCUCAAAGCAGUGCACAGACAAACCACCACUGGAGUCGUCAAUAGCAAUGAAAACCUGUACAGUUCAGAGAAAGAGGAGGCAGACGAGGGUCACCUUUAGCUCCUUCCAGCUGCAGCAGCUGGAGAGGGUUUUCCAGAGAACUCCUUAUCCAGAUGUGACCACUCGAGACCAGCUCGCCUCCCGCCUGCAGCUCACAGAGCCACGCAUACAGAUUUGGUUCCAGAACCGCAGAGCCAAGAAGAGAAAAGUGGAAACGCAAAAAGAUAUAAAACAGCUUACGACCACUUUAGCAGCUCAUCAGCCGUUUUAUUAUGAGACGUUCCAGGGGCACGCGGGGGUCUGGAGCUCCUGUCUUUUACCUGAAUGUCUUCAGACCGCACCAGCACCGCUCCUCCCACACUGGGCCUGUCCUCGCCCUCUCUCCAGUCUCCAUGUCCUCUAUCACACAACACAGUAUUUUCACAAGCCUACAAACAGAAAGAUUACAUGUUCUUAGUUAUGGUAAACACACAUAGCCUGUAUAUGUUUGUGUCAAUAUUUGUAAUAUUUGUGAUGUUCUUAUUAUUUAUUGAGUUGAUCUAUAUUUUCAAUAAAAAAAU